AUGCACCAUUCAUAUCUAACUCAUUCUCUUCUUACCUUUCUAUUUAUCUACUAUACACUAUUUUUUUCUAUCUACCAUACUCCAUUCAUAUCUCUGUCUACCAUACUCUGUACAUAUCUCUCUAUCUACUCUCUUUCAUUCAUCUACCAUACUCCAUAUCUACCUCAUUUUGUUCAUACCUCUCUAUCAAUCAACUUUACGCACUCUCAUUCCAUCUACCUUAAUCCAUCUCUAUUAAUCUACCAUUUUGUCCAUAUUCAUCUAUCUAUCUAUCUAUCUAUCUAUCUAUCUAUCUAUUUGAAGAAUAAAAAUUAUUCUCUCUUCUUUUCUCCUUUCCUCUUAUUGUCUUCUCUUUACUUUCUCUCUCCUUUCCUCUUUCCUUCUUAUCUUUUCUUUCCUUCCUUCUUUUCAUUCAUUCUCCUCUUUCCUUUAUCCUUUACUUUUUAUUCUCUUUCUCACUUUCUUAUAAUCUCUUCCUUUCUCUCUUUUUUUAUUAUUAACUCUUUUAUUUUUCUUCUUUUCUCCUUGUUCUCUCUUAUCACUUCUACUCUUUUCCUUUCUCUUUUCAUCUUAUUCUCUCUCUACUUUCUCUUUCCUUUACUCUUUUCUUCUUAUUAUCUGAUCUUUCCUCCUUGUUCUGUUCAUCUUUUUUAUUAUAAUUUCUUUCUUUUUUCUGUCUUUUCUUUCUUUCUUGCUUCUCAAAUUUCUUUUUUUCUUCUUCCUUUCAACUCAUACUUUCUCUUUCUUUUAUUAUCUCCUAUCAUCUUUCAUUUCUUUCUUUCUCUCUCUUUGAACCUGCUUUCUUUCCUUACUUUUCUCUUUCAUUUCAGCCUAUCUUUUCUAUUUUUCUUGCUUCCUUCCUCUCUAUUUCAUCCUCUUUUUCAUCUUUAUUUUCAGUUUGUCUUUUUCUUCUUCCUUAUCUUUUUCUAUAUUUUUUUUAUAAUUCUUUCUGUUUUUCCUUUUCUUUCUUUGCUUUUAUUUCUCCUUCUUCUUUUCUCUUUCCCUUCUUUCUUCCUUUUUCCUUCCAGUCUUUUAUUUUUCCCUCUUCUUUUUCUCCUUUCUCUUUUUUCCUCUUUCUUUUCAGUUUUUACUUCUUAUUUCUUCUUCUUUACUGCUAUCUCAUUUUUUUCUCUAUCCUUUCAAUCUAGCUUUUAUAGUCUAGUCAGAUUGAGAUUUCCAUAUGGAAGCCAUACAUGUCUCUCUUUUCUGUUUUCCUUUCUCCCUUAUUAUAAUGUUCACUUUCUUCCUUUCUUUUUCUUUUCAGUCUCUCUUUUCUGUUUUCCUUUCUCCCUUAUUAUAAUGUUCACUUUCUUUCUUCCUUUUUCUUUUCAGUCUCUCUUUUCUGUUUUCUUUGUUUUUUCUCCUUAUUAUAAUUCUCUCUUUUUCUGUUUUCCUUUUUUCCUUAUUAUAAUGUUCUUUUUCUUUUUCCUUUUCCUUUUCAGUCUCUCUUUUCUUUUUCCUUUUCCUUUCUCCCUUAUUAUAAUGUUCACUUUUCUUUUCCUUUCUGUUUUCCUUUUUUAUUUUUCUUUCUCUCUUUUCUUUUUCCUUUCUCCUUUCUAUUAUAAUGUUCACUUUCUUCCUUCCUUUUUCUUUUCAGUCUCUCUUUUCUGUUUUCCUUUCUCCUUAUUAUUAUAA